AGUGUUGUUUAUUUUUGUAAUUUUUAUUUUUAAUUGUUUUAGAUGCAUUGUUAAAUAAACAUACCAUAAUUAAUGUGAUCAGUGAACAAUAUCUUGCCCAUACUACUUUAUAAAUAUGGUGUUACUUUAACAGUACCCUCAAAAUGGAAGAGGAACUGAGAUGUUUUGUUUGUAAGGAAUUCUACAGAGAACCAGUACUUCUCCCUUGUGGUCAUGCUUUGUGUCGUUCAUGUGCAGUAACCCUGCAAGUCCAUGUGCAUGAAGGUGAAAACUCAACAACUUCAACAGAUUACCAUGAGGCUGAUAAAGCAUCCGUCUCUAGUGAAACUGACAGCGGUGUUGUAUGUGGAUCAAGGCCUAACAGUUACGCUGGAACUCCGGCCGCGCCCGUGUAUUCAUCUACCGCUUUCUGCCUAACAUGCCCUUUGUGUAAUAAGCAAGUGUACUUAGAUGACAAUGGAGCUGAAGGUCUUCCGCCGUUUAGAGUCAUGCGGACUAUUGUGGAAAGGUUUGGCGGCAUUAAAGGCGCGCCUCCAGCUGAAGAAGCUUGUCAAAUGUGUGAGGGUGAGCGUCGCGCAGCUGUAGUUCGCUGUGAACAGUGCUCUGUACGAUAUUGUGCUGGGUGUCGUGAUGCAUGGCAUCCCAUUCGUGGCCCCUUAGCUCAGCAUGAGCUCAGAACGCUUGGGACGACUUGCGUCGAUCAUGGGUCACCCCCAGUACUCUACUGUAACACAUGCCUUCUUCCUGUUUGUCAGCGAUGUCUUGCUGAAAAACAUUCUGGUCAUGAAACUCAACCUUUGUCUAGUGCAGCUAGAGCUCAUAAGACUGAACUAUCACAAUCAUUGCAACAGCUCUCGGAACAGGCUAAAGCUAUGACUGAAUACAUACAAAUUAUCAAGGGUUCAGGGGAUAAAAUUAAUGAAUCAUGUGAAGAAUUAGAGAGACAGAUUGAUACUGCAUGCACAGAAGUCACUCGUGCCAUAGAACUAAGACGUGAUGAACUCAUAAGAGCGGCUAGGAGCACUCGCUCACAAGCAAUCACUAAUAUGCGCUCGCUUAAAUCACAGGCUGCUCAGAAACUUCGAGAAGCUACUGCACUUCUUCAUUUCUCUAUUGAAGCUCUGAAAGAAUCAGAUCAUGCAGCCUUUUUACAAGUUGGGAGCAUACUGUCUACACGAGCCCAAGAAACUGCCUCAAAUCUUGGGGCGUCUUUAGAUGCACCACCUUCACCACCUGCGCUUACUCUCGAUGUGGAACCUGUGCUACGGACUGUCCGGACUAUGAACUUUAUAGAGUGCAUACGUAAGUAUCAAAACACUUUACACAUCAACCCAUUAAUGCUGUCCUACUGCGUUAUAGAUAACUAGCUUUUGCCCGCGACUUCGUCCGCGUGGUAAAGUUGCUUUGAGCAGCAUUUCUAACAAAUAUUUAUUAAUUAUAUCGUGUAAAAUACCUGAAAUAAAGUUUUAUUCUCUUAUCUUAUGCCCUUAGGGGUGGAAUUUAUCAAAAUCCUUUCUUAGGGAUGCCUACGUCAUAGUAGCUUUAUGCAUGCAAAGUCUCAGCCCUUAAAAUUGACAAAGUUUCAUACAAACUUUCAUCCCCUAUUUUAUCCCCUUGGGG